AUUUUGAUCCCUGUUUUAAUUGCUCAAUAUGUUUUUUUUUUAAAUUUCAGAUGAAAAUGUCUAGAAGCAAACCUACAUUCAAUCUCAUGUUACUUGGAAAAACAGGAGUCGGGAAAAGUGCCACAGGAAACACAUUGGUGAACCGUAAACAUGCUUUUAAACCCUCAAACCAAAUGCUUUCAUGCACAAAAGAACCACAAUUGGAGUGCGGUGAGUUUGGACAUUACAUCAUUAAAGUUGUAGACACUCCAGGUCUCCAGGACACAAAUAUUGACAUGGAUGUUACGGUGGGUGAUGUUAGCAAUUCAAUGGCCCUGCUUCCCGAUGGCUUUGACGCUUUUCUUUUGGUAAUGAGAUACGGAGAAAGAUGCACCAAAGAGGUCAUUGAAGUAAUUAGUGCACUCAGGGCAUCAUUCGGUGAAGUUUUCGCAAAAGAAUAUUGUAUUAUAGUAAUGACACAUGGCGAAAAUUUUGACAUGGAAGAUGAAGAAGAUCAAACUAAAACAUUUGACGAUUACUGCAAAGAUAUUGAAGGACCUCCAGAACUUCUGUCUCUGCUGGUGGAUUGUGAAUACAGAACUGUGUUGUUUUAUAACAAGAGCAAAGCUAGACGCGAAGAAAGCGUUAACAGACUUUUAGAACUUGUUCAAACCAUGAAGCACCGUAGCCAUCGUUACAAUUCAGAAGUAUUUGCUAAAUUUGCGUCAGAGAGAGACACAUACGUCAUAAGCUUGAAGCUUCCUCAGCUUAUAGCUCCAAUACAAGAGAAGCUCAGUUUUCUGAAAGAAUACUUGGAAAAGGCGAUGGAAGAAUCUAAUGCAAACACGGAUCUCAAAGUUAAAGAGAGGGCUCAGGAAUUGUUAAAUACAAUAGAAGAAGAGUCUAAGGGAACCUCUCUAAUGGAUGGCUUGAAAAAUGAGGUCAAACAAAUCAUUAAGACCUUAGAAAACCUGCCUUCAGAAAGACAACAACGUCAAAACAUGUUAAAGAAAUUAAAUUCUUUGGUGGAAACUAUUAAAAAUCCACCAUCAACGACUGGCAUAAUAGCAUAUGGGCUUUUGAGAAGGUUGUACACUGCAACCGGAUGUUUAUGUAUGGUGGGUGCUUUUGUUGCUCCCCCUUUAGCCAUUGCGGGGGUGGCAUCUUUUGUGGCAGCCAAGAAAUUUGACAAUGACUAUUCCGAAGCAGUCACUUUGUACAAGGAAGAAGAAAGAGAUUAUGCAACAGCUUUAAGCGAAAUAAACAAGAUAAAGGAAAUGAUGGGGAAAAGAAAAUAACUUUAACCGGUUAAUAAGGUGGGGUACAAAGUUAUUUUGAAUCACUAACGCGAGAUUUCGUCUUCUUUUUCAUUUUUAGCCUUUCUCACAUCCAAAGGAACAUAGGUCAUCUACAAUACUUUUCCAUCUGCCCCUUUCCUGGGCUAUCUUUUCUUGUUCAACCCAGCUUUUCUUCAUUCUCUUUACCUCUGCCUCUAAUCCCAUAUGCUUCUUCUUCUUCUUUAUUUUGAGGGCCCACAAUCAAUGAAUUCAUCAUUCUGGCUCCUAUGUUUCAGAGGGGUUCAAGAUGUUACUGUGCAUGGGUUUUAAAGGGAUACUUCACUGGUUGCAAGGGCUACUCAGCAGUGGUGUUACGAACUGGGAGUUGCAAUACAUGAGGCAGUAGACACAAAUGUGUCGAGUGUAGGCACCUCAACUGUUGCCUCUGGAAGCUUGCUCCAGUCCCCUAUUGUCUUCGGCAGGAAUGAGGAGCUCCUGUACUUUUUUUUCUUGUUUUUACCAGCCGGAACAGUCUGUCGUGGCCUCGUCGCUGUCUAGGGGGAGGAUGAACGAGUUUCUGUUUGAUUCCGGAGCAAUUCACCAGCCCAUUUUUGAUCUUGUACAACAUGGUGAGCCUGGAUAGUUGUCGUCGUUCUUCCGCAAUGUUGACCAGCCCAGUGUUUUUAGCAUGCUGCCAACACUUGAGGUGUUUCUGUAGCGGUUCAUGACAAGGCGUGCUGCCCGUCGCUGGACCGCCUCCAACCUGUCGAUGCUUUUCUGGGUAAAUGGGUCCCAGACUGUAGAAGCGUACUCUAAAAUAGGCUUGACAAAGGCUUUAUAGGCUUUUUCUUUCACGCUUGAUUUGCCCAUCUUCAGAUUUCGUCUUAGGAACCCCAGGGUCUUGUUUGCCCGGUUGCACACACUGUUAAUGUGCUCGUCCCAGUGAACCUCUCUUUGAAGGGUAACACCCAGAUACUUUACGGAGGAAACUGGCUCAAGAAUAUGGCCAUGCAGUUCGUAAGAGUGGUUUAGAGGGGCUCUGCUUCUGGAGACUGACAGGGUCUGCCAUGUGGUUCUUGGUUUUCCCCUUUUCCUAUAACUUAAGAAUUCCAGUUCAGGGUCUUCCUUGUCAUGUUGGCUUUUUGGUGUCCUUACUAUGUGCCCUAUUUAUCUCUAUUUUCUCUUUUGUAUUUCCAUUUCCACUGAAUCACUUGAUGUGCGCCUCCAAUUGACAAUGUUUCAAAUAGUGUAAAACCAUCCUGUUUUGGGGAUCAUUCAAAAGUAUCUGUUUAUAAAAACUUGCCGUUGUUUAAUGUCCGUUUUUGUUGUUCUCCAAGUUUAACAGCCAUACAGAAGAAGUGCCUUGACUUUUGAGUUGAAUAUUUUAAACAACUCAUUUUCUUCCAUGUGUUCUUAAUUACGUUAGUUAUCAUUUGAGGAAUACCAUAAUGUCUUAGUUGUUUUCAGAUGGUUUCUCUGUUCAAGCUGUCAAAUGCUUUUCAAAGUCGACAAAAUUUAGGUACGCUGAAGCAUUCCACUCCAACUAUUACUGGUCAAUGAUUAUGCGCUGGGCUGCAAUUUAAUCAGUUUUUCUCUUAAACCAGCCGGUUAAUCUCUUAGUUAGAAGUAUACAAUUUUUUUUAAUUAUCUGCAGACUACUUAUAUUCAAUAUUUUUCCCGGUAUAGAAUUCAGCAUGAGUCCUGUAUAGUUUACACACUCUUUGAGGUCUCCUUUCUUUAGAAGAUUGACCCAGUAUCCAUCUCUUCGCUCCUUGGGUAUCACUUCUUGGUCCCAGAUAGUCACAAGUAGCUGGUGAAGUAUGCUUGAUGACAGUUCCAGGUCAAUAUUUAAUUCUUUUGCAGGUAUUUCAUCUGGGACCACAGCCUUUAUGUUUUUCAAAGGUUUUUCUUAUUUUU